GGUUGUCAUCCGUAAUACCGAUGCUUGGCGGAGGGAAUAAGCUGGGUGGAGGCGGCUCGGCAGAGGUUAAGUUGGUGGCCAGGAAAGCGGGUGGACGAGCUGGAGGCGGGGGCGCCAGAAGAACGCUUUGGGUUGCAAUUUGUGGCCCAGAGGAGAGGGUUCCGAGGGGGGGUGGAGGAAAGUUGACUGGAAGAGCAUCGGAUGGUGGGGAGAUUGGAGUGUCAGGAAGAGAAGGGGCAGGGCUGGUUGGGGAGGGCGGGGGCGCUGGAAGAACAGUUCGGGCUGCAAUGGCUGGCGCGGUGGAAGGAUUAUCUAAGGGCGGGGGAGGGAAGUCGACAGAAAAGACAGCGGAUGGUGGGGAGAGUGUCGACUCGGAAAGAAGAGGAGCAGGACCGGUUGAAAAGGGUGGGGGCGCUGGCAGAACAGCUCCGGUUGCAGUAGCUGCGGGCGUGGUGGAAAUAACACCCAGGGGGGGAGGAGGAAAGUCGUUGGAAAGAGCAGCCCAUGGUGGGGAGAAUGUCGAGUCCGGAGCAGGACUGGUUGGAGAAGGGGUUGGAGUUGCAAUCUCUUCUGAAGGAGGUGGGACAAGACUGGAGUUGGGGAGGGGGAAUUGGUUGGUGGAGCAAUGGUACUCUCAGCAAGUGGGGGGCUGGUUGGGGCUGCACUACUACCAGUUGGGGCAGACACUGGACUUGGGGACGGGGGGUCAAUGUAAACCGGAACGACAGAAGGAAGGGGGGUGGAUGGGGGACUUGUGUUUGGGGUGGACUCAGAUGGGGAUAGAAGUGGGGAAGUUGCUGCGGAUAAGACAAUGUUGGGAAGGGGAGUACCAGAAAGAGGAGAAGGAAAUGAUGAUGAGGGGCUUUCAGUAG